GUCGUGAUGACGACACUCAGAGUAUGCCGGACGUCCGCAGCCAUGUGUAUAAUGGUAAUGAGGAAGACAACGGAGAGGCUGAAGUUCAGCGCUACAAAGUGAUGAGGAAGAAUAAACGCCUGCUAUCAGUUCAUCCUCUGGACUUUGACCCAGAGGACUAUUUUCCUUAUUCACGACGACCUUCUAUACAGAUGCAGGAGGAUCGAGGCUACAGGAACGAUGUGGACUACGACAUAUACAACCAACGAGUAAACCGCAGGAAGAGUCUGGACCGAUACGCCAUGAGACCAGAUGACUAUGGAGACAGCAGGAUGGUCCGGACUCGCUCUCUGUCUAAGAUCAGCUCGUCUGUGGCUCGGCAGCAGUACGUCGACACCUCAGACGAGGAGGAGUACCCGAGGUACCCCCCUGCGUACCAACAACACCCCCACCGCCGCAAAAACAGCCGCGCCUCCUCCCAGGAGAACCUGGGACAAGCCCCGCCUAUGAACGAGCUGAACAAACGCAUGUCAGCCAUCGAGAGUCUGCUGAACCGCCUGGAGGAGAAGAUGACAACUGCUGACGAGACGUCAGCUCCGUCGGCUCAGAACGAGGAGGAGAAGCUGAGGAGGAAGCUGAGCGAACUGGCGGGGAACCUGAGCGAUAAAGGGCUUUCGUCAGACGACGAGGCCGGGAAGAAGUCCUUCUCUGUGGGUAAAAGUUUGGCCGGCGUGAGGGGCGGCCCCGUGGUCAACCUGGACUCUCUGAAGGAUAAAGAGCUGAGCUCGUCCAGCGACGAGAUGCCCACCGAGGCCCAGAAGAGAUCGACCGCCGCAGCCCUCUGUGACCUCACCACUGAGGUCUUGAGAACCAUUAAUGCCACAGAAAACGCGAUGGUCGAGUACGGUUUGUCAGAGCCGGCUGACAGAGCCCACGUAGUAGGGACUGACGUUAAGCAGGCAGAUGAUGCUUUCAGGGAACUUGAGGAAAAUGUAAGCUUCAUACUGCACGCCUCCGUGUCCCCUAACCCCCCCCCCCCCCUCU